CACAAUUCAAGAAGAAUGAUCUUCAAUGUAAAACAGUAACCACACUUUCAUCUUCCGCAGUGGCCUCAUAUCAUAACCUUUCUUACCUUUUGCACCAAAUACUGGACAGACAAAAGUGUGCAAGAAGAAAUAACUGUUUCUGUAGUAAUUACUGUCUGAGAUGGGAAGGUUGCUACUUAAGCACCUCUUUUUGGGGAGCUUUGUUGAGUCUGGGGGAGCAUUCCAGACAGUGUUAAUCUUCCUUCUGAUUCCAUGUUCUUUGACUGUGGAUUAUAGAGCAGCACCCAUUAUAAAAGAUGCAACUUUCCUUUGGGUCUGGAAUGCCCCAACUGAAGCCUGCAUUGGAAACUUUACUCACUCACUGGAUCUGAGCCUCUUUUCUUUAAUUGGAAGCCCCAGGAAAACUGUCACAGGGCAGCCUGUCACCAUGUUUUAUUUUGACGGACUUGGAAAAUAUCCUCACAUAAAUAAGAAAAGAGAAGAUGUGUUUGGAGGAAUACCUCAGUUGGGUAAUCUGAAAGAUCAUUUGGACAAAGCUAAGAUUGACAUAGAGCAGUAUAUUCCAGUAAACAAAUUAGGCUUAGCUGUCAUUAACUGGGAAGAAUGGAGUCCCAUCUGGGGACGAAACUUGAUACCCAAGGACAUUUAUAAGAAUAAGUCUAUAGAGUUGGUGAAGACCCAAAAUCCAGGAAUAGACAUUCUAGAAGCCACUAUUAAAGCCAAACAACAAUUUGAAGAGGCGGGGAAAAAGUUCAUGGAUGAGACAUUAAAAUUGGGGAAAAAACUUCGGCCAAAAUACUUAUGGGGUUUUUAUCAGUUCCCUGAUUGUUAUAAUAAUAAAUAUGUACAUUCAGACUAUGAUGGAAAAUGCCCUGAUAUGGAAAAGGACAAAAAUAAUGAUCUUAAGUGGUUAUGGAAAGAAAGCACCGCUCUUUUCCCAUCCACCUAUUUGACCAACGAAUUGCAGCUUUCUCCAAAGGCAAAGCUCUACAACCGCUACCGUAUAUUGGAAAGCCUCAGAGUUUCCAAAAUGUCCAGAGAAAAUAAUCCACUUCCUGUUUUUCUGUAUAUGGGCCUUGUUUUCACUGACCUUCAAUGGGAAUUCUUUUCUCGGGUUGACCUUGUGAAUACCAUUGGUGAAGCCGUUGCUCUGGGAACCAGUGGAAUUAUAAUAUGGGAUACUCCAUCUCUAGCACAACGUGCAACAGGUUGUCCACGCCUACAUAAAUACAUGGAGAAAACCCUGAAACCAUACAUGAUCAACAUCACCCUCGCAGCUAAAAUCUGCAGCCAAACACUUUGCAAUCAUGAAGGCAUGUGUACAAGAAAAGACGUGAAUUCAGAUCACUAUAUUCAGUUGAAUCCAAGUCACAUACGCAUUAAGAUAUUGGAAAAUGGAAAAUUUGAACUAAAUGGCAACCUGACAGUUGGAGACUUGAAGUACUUUGCUAAGCAUUUUAAAUGCAGCUGUUACCCAAACAUGAAUUGUAAGGAGAGACUUGAUAUCGAAAAGGUGGAAAAUAUUACGGUGUGCACUGACAACGCGAUCUGUAUAAGUACUCACGUAGAACCCAGCCCAGCAUUCUACCUUCUCCCCGAAAAGAGCCUCCUCUUCCUUACAGCCGUCACUCACAUUCUCUACCAUCUACUCCAGGAGCCUUCACAUUUCUUAAGGAAGUUCUCCGAUGAAGUUUAUGAUUGCUCUUUUAAAUUCUGUGUUCUGGGGGUUCAUUUAAAAACUCUCAUUGGGAAAACUUUCGACAGUACCCAGUAUUUUGGGGUGCAAUGUACUUUGACCUUCCAUGCUAUUUGUGUAUUUGUGAUUAUACUUGGGCAGAUGUACCUGGGCAUAUCACAGAAUGUGCAGGCUCGGUUGUGCCUGAAGCAUGAUCAACAUACGGUGCUCUUGUCCCCGAGGAAACUGCGAGGAACUCUUUAUCAGUUGCCAUCUUACCGAGGCCACGAGUACGCUGUUUGUGAUGAUUUGAUUUUUACUGUGUGA